AUGAGAGGGGUCGCCGGCCUCACAGGCAAGUGGAUAACAGCAACUCUAUGGUGCCUGAGGACUUUGCAGGUUGACGCGUUGGGGCUUGAAUCUGCGGAGCUCGCGCGUGGCUUUACAACCCUGCUGCUCCGGUUCACAGAGACGGUUAAUGUCUCCGCUUUUUCCGACUGCGAUGCUGUGCUGCCUGGAGCAUCAUUGCAGAAGAUGGGCACUUCACCACAGUGCCGGUGGCUAUUGGGUGGCCUGGCCUUUCAGGUGAUGCUGGGGCACCAACCCACGCUAGAGCUGGGCGACGUGAUCGAGCUUCCUGCUUUGGGACCUGCGCUGCAGGCAGCGGUCAACUCGUCGGACCAGCCAGAAGCUGUGGCAUCACUGAAGCUGUUGCCGGCACAGGUGCAGCGCUGUGGCCUGGUGGAUGUAGCGGUGGAUGCUACCCUCUCCAGCGGCGGUGCUGGGCGGCUGCUUCAAGCGGAGUGGCGAACUGGUGCAGGCAGCCAGCUCCAAGCUGGACAGGUGAUCCAGGACCUGUUGGCAGCGCAGAAUGGGACCUUGAGCUUUACGCUGCCAGCGACGAGCAUCGCGAGUGCUGUCGAUGCCGCUGUGGCGGCGAAUGCUUCGCUCACAAUGGUGCAUGUCGAACUGGUGCUCGCCGUCACGAACUGGCUUGGCCUCACGAGUGAGACUUCGGCGACUCUGGAGGUUGAUCUCUCAGAGUUGCAGCUCCCAGUCCUAGAGGCUUCGCCCAGCAAGUCCAUCCGCUCCAACCAGUCCGUCACCUUCAAUGUCUUGGCGAGGUACGCACAGGCAUCGAGCUGCACUGCAGCUUCUUCGGCGAACGUGAGCAUUAGCUGGGAGUAUCGGUCUGGAUCCGGCCCAUGGCUCUCCCUGGAGAACGCUUCGCUCCAGGAGAACCUCAUAACUCCUUGGAUGCUUCGCUUUGCUCCCUUCAGCUUUUCGCCGGGCUCCUCGCACCAGCUUCGCGUCAAUGCAGCCUUUAGCCCAACGCAAGUGCGACAGCAUGUGUUUCAGCUCGACGUAGCAGCGGCUGCACCAAUGGUACCCGUCGUAACUGGGCCAUCACUUCUGCCCGAAACCUGCGAGCUUGUUCUGGAUGCAUCGCAGUCUUUCGACCCAGAUCACGAAAGCGAACCGCAGUACUUCUGGUCAUGUGCUGCUAACAGUACGGCCUUCAAUUGCCAUUCGCUUUCCAACUUCCGCACGGUCACCUGGACGAACACUGACGGUUCGGGCGCAUCGGGUGCAGCUCUGCGGAUCUCAGCCGGGCAGCUGGUGGAAGACCUUUACACCUUCAACGUAACGGUAAUUCGGGCCAGCGACCGUGCAUCUUUUGAGAUUGCCUCUUGGAUGGUGCAGGUAUUGCCGGCAUCUGCAGUGCCAAUUACCGUGUCCGUGCCGUGGUACGCCAAUCAGCCGGUCUCGGGACAGCUGCUGGGCGAGGUUCCGGAGUUCACGGCCACAGUCCUGGUCAGCGAUGCUUGUGGCAUGUCUGCUGAUGUGGAAUGGGUUUGGGCCUUGGUAUCCAAUGUCAGCCCGUUCAAGAUCUUGCUGUAUUUGGAUACAAGUGUCAGGAACCUCACCCUUCCGGGGGAGAUCUCUGUGGCAGGGGAACCACUUCCCUCGGGUUUCUUGGUGCCCGGAGACGUCUACGCAGUGGCGCUCAUCGAGUCUUCGGCCGAGUCCUUGGCCAACUUGGCCGAGGCAGCAGCAAGGGGCUUGCGGCUUGCGCGCUCGGUGCCCUUUGUCGCAGAUGGUGCCCCCACCGGCGGAUACGUAACAACCCAGCCAAGCGUCGGGACUGGAAUUGAGACGGAGUUCCUUCUUGCCACAUCGGGUUGGUUCGACGAAGACCUCCCGCUCUCAGGCUUAGUCUACAGAUUCUAUCGUUUUCCCCUGCCGGCUGAUGUGAGUUUGGUCGCCAAUUCCGGCAGUUCCUUGGAUUCUCUUGGUCGGGAGGCCAGCGUCGGCCCUACUUUCUUUCCUGUUGUACUCGCACCAGCUUGA